CGCUCCGCUCCGCACUGCCCGGCCCCGCUCCGCACCGCCCGGCCCCGCUCCGCACCGCCCGGCCCCGCUCCGCUCCGCACCGCCCGCCCAUGGUGCUGCCCGGCCCGCCCGGCAUGUCCCGCUCCGAGGAGGUGCACCGCCUCACCGAGAAUGUCUACAAGACAAUCAUGGAGCAGUUCAAUCCCAGCCUCAGGAAUUUCAUUUCUAUGGGGAAGACCUAUGAAAAAGCCUUAGCAAGUAUGACAUACGCAGCAAAAGGAUACUUUGAUGCUCUGGUUAAGAUGGGAGAGCUGGCCAGCGAAAGCCAAGGAUCCAAGGAACUGGGAGACGUGCUCUUCCAGAUGGCAGAAGUCCACCGGCAGAUCCAGAACCAGCUGGAGGAGAUGCUCAAGUCCUUCCACAACGAGCUCCUGACGCAGCUGGAGCAGAAGGUGGAGCUGGACUCGCGCUACCUGAGCGCUGCGCUGAAGAAAUACCAGACAGAGCAAAGGAGCAAGGGCGACUCGCUCGACAAGUGCCAGGCAGAGCUGAAAAAACUCCGCAAGAAAAGCCAAGGAAGCAAAAACCCCCAGAAGUACUCGGACAAGGAGCUGCAGUACAUCGAAGCCAUCAGCAACAAGCAAGGGGAGCUGGAAAACUACGUCUCGGAUGGGUACAAGACGGCUCUGACGGAGGAGAGGAGACGGUUCUGCUUCCUGGUCGAGAAGCAGUGUGCGGUGGCGAAGAGCGCCAUCACCUACCACGCCAAGGGGAAGGAGAUGCUGACGCAGAAGCUCCCCCUGUGGCAGCAGUCGUGCUCCGAUCCCAACAAGAUCCCGGACCGCGCCAUACAGCUGAUGCAGCAGAUGGCUGCCAGCAGCAAUGGCACCAUCAUGCCCAGCCCUCUGUCUACAUCCAAGUCCAACCUCAUCAUCUCUGACCCCAUCCCCGGUGCCAAACCUCUCCCUGUCCCCCCGGAGCUGGCACCUUUUGUCGGACGCAUGUCGGCACAGGAGGCCUUGCCGGUGGUGAACGGAGCCUCAGGCCCAGACAGUGACGAUUACAACCACUGGGCUGAGGUGAAGCCAGCACAGCCCAAAUCUUUAUCUCCUCCCCAGCCUCAGAAGCAGCUGAGCGACUCUUACUCGAACACGCUUCCAGUUCGCAAAAACGUGCCGCCGAAAAACAGCUACGCCUCAGCCGAAAACAAGACGCUGCCGCGCUCCAGCUCCAUGGCCGCAGGGCUCGAGAGGAACGGCAGGACGAGGGUGCAGGCCAUUUUCUCUCACGCUGCCGGAGAUAACAGCACCCUCCUGAGCUUCAAGGAGGGCGACCUCAUCACGCUGCUGGUGCCGGAGGCCAGGGAUGGGUGGCACUACGGGGAGAGCGAGAAAACCAAACUGAGGGGCUGGUUUCCUUUCUCCUACACGCGUGUCCUCGACAACGAUGGCAGCGAGCGGGUGCACACAAGCCUGCAGCAAGGGAAGAGCAGCAGCACGGGCAACCUGCUCGACAAAGACGACAUCGCCAUCCCGCCGCCCGACUACGGCAUGUCCUCGCAAGCCUUCCCGUCGCAGAACGUCAACACCUUCAAGCAGAGGCCGUACAGCGUGGCCGUGCCCGCCUUCUCCCAGGGUCUCGAUGACUACGGGACGAGGUCGGUUAGCAGAAACCCCUUUGCCAACGUCCAGCUGAAGCCGACCGUGACGAACGACCGCUCGGCUCCGCUCAUCAGCUGAGGCCGGGAGCGCUGCCGCCGUGCCAGGUGGCACACGCCGCCUCCUCAUCGCCCGGUGCAUGUCUGCCUCCCCAGAACUUCAUUUUUAGGCAGAGUUUAUUUAAUCCUGCUGCUUUGAAAGCCAAAGGCUAAAGCUAGUGCCCUAAUUCUCGCCCUUCUCUAGGUCCUUACUCCUCUCGGAGGCAGAGGGUUAAACCGCUGCCCCUGGCCUGACCCCUGCUUGUGCAGAAGGGAGCGCGGCGCUCUCGGCACCUCUCCUGUAGCCAGGUUUGCUUCUAGGAUUAGCAGCAGAUCGCAAGGAUGGGGAGAACGGCCUCAGCUGGCAGCUCCCCAAGGGCUCCCUGCUCUCCGGGGUGCAGCAGCAAUGGCAGAAGGGAGAUGGGCCCCCCCCCCCGGCCGGGCGGGAGCCCUCAGGCAGGCAGGAGAGCCCCGGUUCCCCACAAGCCAAGGGGGGGGGGCCGAGCCCCACAGCCAGUGCCCGGCCUCCUGCGGGACCUCGGCCGCUGGUGCCAGCGCUGCAGCCUGGGGACGGGGCCGGCCUCUGCUCCUGGAGCUGCUGCAGCGCCACGGCAGUGUGCACAGCGGGGUGUCACGGUACUGCUGUAAGAUAUAAGCUAGGGAAAUACUUGAGGAGGGGCGGGCUCCGUGGAUGUGCGCCGUGGGGUGCCUGGGGUGGAAGCGGUGCCCAGGCCACGGGGCACCUGGUGUUUGAAGGAGCGCUCCCCUACAGGCUUGCCCCUUGAGCCCUCUUGCUUCGCUGGUUUCCCUUCCUCUAUUCCAAGGUUGCAUGAGACCGAUAUAUACACACACAUAUACUCGCUGAGCUUACUGCUAGGGUGCGCGCCCACGAGCGAGCGCGCUGCACGGCGUUGGCUGCGCAGAGCUGCCGGCAGGAUGGGGCACGCUGCCCCGAGCACCUCCCCCCCCCCCGGCCCCCACCCUCCUCGCAGGAGGAGCAGGAGCCGCUGUGGGACCGGGGUGUGCUACCCAAAUGGGAAUGGGUUUUCUGAGCAGGAUCUGCAUCUUCGCUGCGCCAGCAGCCGGGUGCCUGCGGCUGGCACCAGCGGGGCACACAGGGCGGUGCCCUGCGGUCCUGCCUCCCGCUCUAUUUGCCUUUUUGCACUUUUUAAUUGCUAGAUCUCAGAGGACCCCUCGGUGGUUGCUUUGACAGUAGGUUUAGCCCAGGUAGCAAAGAGACCCGAAUGCCUCGGCCGCUGUCUGUGGGGGUUCCACAUUAGGGCUGCUUCCCAGUUAGGCUCGAUGGCUGAUUGCUGCUGUGCCCCUCCCGUGGUUUGCGGGAGUUCCGUGGUGCAGAGCAUCUUCUCCUGGGACCAGCAGGCCCCUGUCUGCUCCCAAGGGCACAGUUCUCUCCUGGCCAUGGCACGGUGUCCCCAGCACCCCGCUCACCAGAGCUCACCUCCUGCUUCCUCUGCUGCGCAUCCCUGGGGUGGUCACCUCCAGCUCCACGGCUGCCACAUCGUGCAUGGGAAGCUGCCACCGCCUUGGCCCGAAGUGUGUCCAAACCAAUAACACUCCGAAAUGCAGUGCCGGGGGCUGUGCAGCGCCUGCUGUCCAUGCCCAUGCCGCAGGCGGGGGGAGAUCAGCCGGGGGCUGGGGGCAGCCGUGCGGUGCCAGCCAUCGCCGUGCCUGCUUGGGGGGGGGGUCCCACCAGGAGCUAGGGGGGCUCCAGCCAGUGUGAGGGCCACAGGCAGACGGGGGCAAGGGGAAGGGGCUCCACUGGGGCACGGGGCCACAGGAUAGGGCUGUGGGCUUGUGGCCAGGCAGGGGUCAGGCACAGGGUCCACCUCGCCGCUGGCCCCGCGUCGUCCUCUUCCAGCCCCACACCAGGGGCUGCCGCCCCCGGGGCUUCACUGCACCUCCUGGCUUGGUGGCACCUGCAAGAUGUAACCUGAAAGAAUUUUUUUUAUAGAAAAAGUAAUUUAUGAGCAAUAAAAUUUAUCCCCCCCACACACAC